AUGGCGCCGCCGCUGCUGCUGGCCAUGGGAUUUGGUUUUGAGCCAUCAGCCGACGCCGUGCGCGCCUUCCUCGCCGGCCUCAGCCUCUCCAAAGCCGAUGUCGCCGCCACCAUCGCCCGGAGCCCGCGGUUCCUCUGCUGCAGCGUGGAGGAAUCUCUCGCCCCACGCGUCUCCCAGCUCCGCGACAUCGGCUUCUCCACUCCCCAGAUCGCCCGCCUCGUGCCGCUCGUCCCCCACGCCUUUGUCAGCCCGGCGUACGUCUCCCGGCUCGCGCUCUUCCUGUCCUUCUUCGGCUCCUUCGACAGGCUGCACGCCGCCAUCAGGAGGGACGCCAGGCUCCUCACCCGCAGCGUCGAGAGAGUCGUCGAGCCAAAAGUCGCGUUGCUCCGCCAGUGCGGCCUAGCUGCUCGUGACAUUGCCUACGUGGUCUCCCUGGCCCCGCGGCAGUUUGCCGGGUCCCAGGAGCGCCUCGAGGCCGCCAUAGCGCGCGCCGAGGAGCUCGGCGUGCCCCGGGGCACACCAAUGUUCCGCCACGCCCUCGUCGUGGCAUACACUGUCCGGUGGGAGAACGCCACCUCCAAGAUGGAGCUGCUCAAGUCUCUCGGCUGGUCCAGCAGCCAGGUGGCGAUGGCGGUGGCCAAGAUGCCGUGCAUACUGAGCAGUUCCGAGGACCGGCUGCGGCGUGCAAUAAGUUUCCUGACCAAGGACGCCGGCAUGGAGGUGGAGGCCAUCGCGCGGGGGCCAGCGCUGCUCAAGUUCAGCAUCGAGCAGAGGCUGGCGCCCCGGCUCAAGGUGCUGAAGCUUCUCAAGGAGCAGGGGUUGCGGUUGGGUGAUCGGGCCUUCUACCCCGUGGCCUGUAUGAGCAGCGAGGCGUUUCUCAAUAAGUUUGUGCGUCCCCACGCGAUGAUCCUCCCACCUGUCCUCAUUGGCGCCUGUGGCGAUGCUACUGCCCGUGGUGGGGAAGCGCCGGCCGGAACUGCAUCCUGA